CGCCCGGGAGCCCCUCCGCUGGGGGGCUGCGAGCACCCUUCGCGAACCUAAAACCCCAACCUCUCCCGCCCUGCUGUGCCUCAUGCACCGCAACCGGGCCGGCCCGCUGCGGCCUCUGGUGCACAAGGAUCCAGAAUGACCGAAGGCAGGCCGCCGCCAUGGAUUAGGAGGCCCCGGCGCACGCCUGGGGCCAGCCCGCCGCUUCUCGGCCUCUCUCUGGGAGGAAGUGUAGCUGCAUCCUGUGGAGACUGAGGGUAUGCAUCGCAGCGGCUCCCAGAGCCAAGUAACUCUGGCUCCGGUGCCUGGAGGUCCUGAUGGGUGUCAGAUGAUAAGCAGAGCCCACCUCGGCCAGGAUCCCCCCCAAAGAACAGUGCUAGGGGUGCUAACUGAGAAUGGGCAGUACAGGCGGUUCUGUGGCCAGGGGAUUACAACAAUCAGGUGUUUAUCUGGAUCAGAAAAUGUCUUUCCUCCAGCUGGUAAGAAAGUGCUCACUGACUACGGGGUCCAAGUGCCAGCCAAGCAAGGAUUUGAUAUCUACAUGGAUGAGCCUGAGCAGGGAGACAGAGACAGCUGCACAGGGAGAGAUGGGAUGGCAUUUGAGGAGGUGUAUGAGGUAGACACCAGCACACUCAAGUCAGACCUUCACUUCCUGCUGGAUUUUAGCACAGUUUCCCCUAUGCUGGUAGACCCAUCUCUCCAUCCCCAGUCUGACGGUGCAUCAGAUUUUGGUACAGAUGUGAUAAAUGUGACUGAAUAUGCUGACGAAAUUCAUCAGUACCUUAGAGAAGCUGAAAUAAGACACAGGCCCAAAGCACACUACAUGAGGAAGCAGCCAGACAUCACAGAAGGCAUGCGAACAAUUCUGGUGGACUGGCUGGUUGAGGUCGGCGAAGAGUAUAAGCUUCGAGCAGAGACUCUCUACCUGGCCGUGAACUUCUUGGACAGGUUUCUUUCCUGCAUGUCUGUUUUGAGAGGGAAAUUACAGCUUGUAGGAACCGCAGCGAUUCUUCUAGCUUCGAAAUAUGAAGAAAUAUAUCCACCUGAAGUAGACGAGUUUGUGCAUAUAACUGAUGACACUUACACAAAACGACAGCUGUUAAGAAUGGAACACCUGCUCCUGAAAGUCCUGACUUUUGAUCUGACAGUGCCAACUACCAACCAGUUUCUCCUCCAGUACUUACGGAGACAAGUAGUGUGCAUCAGGACUGAGAACCUGGCCAAGUACGUAGCAGAACUGAGUCUACUUGAAGCUGACCCAUUCUUGAAAUAUCUUCCUUCAUUGAUUGCUGCAGCAGCUUAUUGCCUGGCAAACUAUACUGUGAACAGGCACUUGUGGCCAGAAACCCUGGCUGCAUUUACAGGUUAUUCGUUAAAUGAAAUUGUGCCUUGCCUGAGUGAGCUGCAUAAAGCAUGCCUUGAUAUACCCCAUCGACCUCAGCAAGCAAUUAGGGAGAAGUAUAAGGCUUCAAAGUACAUGCAUGUGUCUCUCAUGGAACCGCCUGCAAUUCUCGCUCUGCAAUAAGUUUCCUACUGAAGCACUUUCAGAACUUAACCUCCAGAUCAACAGAAUACGUCUUAACUUUUAUAGGUUCCUGUAGUGUUGCUACAAUAUUGACAUGUUUUUAAAAACGUAAAUGUAUUUAGGUUCUCUUAGACUUUGGUAGCUUGACUAUCAGCUAAUAUUUUAUAAAGAAUAAACAAACAACUUGCCUUAUGA